AUGGCUUCCAGGAUCGCCACCCGUCGUUUACUCUCUCCUCUUACCAAACCUCAAUUCCAACGACCGUCUUUCAUCCGCACAAUGGCCACUUCAGGAGUACGCCGCCCAUAUGAGUUUCUUCUCAUCAUCCCGGACAAGCCUGGCCCCGAGGUGCGGAAGAGGCGUCUCGAAGUUAGAGCCCAACACUUUUCAGAUAUGGCACCUACCCUGGACUCUGGCAAGCUGAAAAUGGGCGGAGCCAUUCUGCAUGACGUUCCUGUCAACGACGAAGCCGAAAACUUGGACUUCGCUGGCAGCCUCAUGGUUUUGGUUGCAGAGUCUGCGGAGGAAGCCAAAAACAUGCUCAAGGACGAUAUUUACGUCAAAGCAGAUGUCUGGGAUUUGGAAAAGGUCCAAGUCUAUCCCAUAAAGUGCGGAUUCAGAUUCCCCUUGUAA